AAAAAAAUAGGAGUAUGAUAGAAAGGAAAUAGCAAAUAUCUUAGUUAACUUCUUAAGGUGGUUAUUUUUCAAGUAUUUUUUACAGUAAAAUGUGAAUGAUAUUUCCAAAUGCAAAAAGGGAAAUAUUGCAACGUGGACGACCGCGCGGGACUCAAACUACUAGUGCCAAGCUGUUGGCCGUUUACCUGUUCUGUUCAAAAGAUGGCUGCCGUGGAGAAGGUUCGUAUCGCCGUUGUCGGUGAUUCGGGAGUAGGAAAAACCUCCCUUGUCCACUUGAUAUGCCACGAGGAGAGUAUAUCCAGCGCUGCUUGGACUAUAGGCUGCACUGUGGAGGUUAAACUCUACGACUACAAGGAGGGAAUGCCCGGAGGGAAGACUUUCUUUCUUGAGUUCUGGGACAUAGGCGGUUCGGCGAACCACGAGAAUAGCCGGUCGAUUUUCUAUAAUGGUAUCAAUGGGCUUAUUCUAGUACACGAUUUGACUAACAGGAAGUCCUUUACGAAUCUUCGAAAGUGGCUUGCUGAAGUUCUUAACGCAAGUAAAGAUUUGUAUGGUGCUAAUAACAAGCAAAAGGACAGUUGGUUCGGGUUUACCACGGACAUUAUUGAUGAGUAUGACCCUGAACAAUUUGCCGGAAAUCAAAUACCUGUUAUUGUAGUAGGUACGAAAUUAGAUCAAGCUAGACCCUCAAGGUUAACCAGUACAGCCAGGGGGAUGAACUUUGUCGAGGAAAUUGGUGCCGAUGUCAUCAGUAUUGACUGUAUGAACGUUAAACAACUUCGACCCGGGACCGCGAAUUCAAAGAAACUGAUAAACUUCUUUGAUAAGGUUAUUGAACGAAGAUUCCACUCGAGCAUGUCACAUCAACAGUCGGUCGGCUACCAAGACUAUUCACAGAAAUACUUUGAUAGAACUUCAAAAAGGAAGGCAUUUUAAAGAUGAUAUGUUAAGAUAUUAUUACUAUAAAAUAACAUAUAGAUAUGACACAAAUAGUAUCAUUAAAUAUAGGGUCAGAAAUAGUUUUUAAUUUGAUACUCAGUGUACAUACUGCAAAGUGGAUAAUAAACGAUCCUUAUUAUUAUUAU